AUGACUCCGGGAAAGGCUGGGGCGGGGACGCCCGAGCUCGCGCGCGUUCUCUUUCCCCGGAGCGAGCUGGCGGGAGGCGGCGGCGGCUGCAACUGCACAGGCGACGGCGACGGCGGCUGGAGGGCUGUACCGGGGCGGGGACGCGCCGCGGGCGCGGGCAGGGGCGCGCGCGGAGAGGCGCGCUCCCCGAGCGACGUGGGGCUGCGCGGGGGUGGAUUCCAGGGAGGACUGCGGGCCCCGGCGCGCGCGCCUAGGUGCGCUCCAAAGCUGAAGGUGCCCCGGAGCUACGCGCCCGAAGAUCUGGCGCGGACAACCUUGCCCAGGGCCUUUCCGGAGCUGGAGGCGGCGCGGAGCCGGUCUGGCCGUACAUCUGCGCGCCUGGGCUGCGGUGUUAAAGAAAACAGAAGAAUGGUGUUUGAAAAUCCCUUCCUCAUUUUACAACGGCUUCAAGCUCAUCCCCUGCAGAUUCAUCAGGCCAAAGACCUGCCUUUGAGCUGAUCUAAAGGAUCUCCUACUUUUCACCUUUUUUCUUACAUCUAUGCUGUGUCUUGUUAAACUUUGCCACUGUAUAAACCUGCCCAACGUGGAUUCUGCUCUAGUCUUCCUGGUCAGAGCAUAAACUAGGUGAAACAAUAUUCGCCUGCCCCGGCACUCCAUUUCUCCCCCAAAAGAAGCUAUAAUUAACAUUAAAUCAGCACGUCUCCAAGUCUCCGAGAUGGGCAGGAUCUCAGCCUUCUUUCUGCCUGAGGAAAUUUGGGCCUCUCUCCACCGAGUCCCGGCAGACGUGCAGCUUCUGCGACGUAGAGACACCCUGUGCGACCUCUAGGGUAUUGCUAACUCCUCAGGGACCGGGAACGUCUGAAGAGAGAAAAUUAAAUGGGUGCAAGAAAACCUUCAACGGAGUUUUGGAUUUUAGAAACCUCAAGCUUUUCCUGCCAUGCUGAGUUAACCUUGGCGGCUGUGAAAAAGCGAAGGAAGCAGGCGAGGGGGCACCCGGAUUUGAACCGGGGACCUCUUGAUCUGCAGUCAAAUGCUCUACCACUGAGCUAUACCCCCUCUACUGGUACAUGGUUGGUAAAUCGUUUCUACAUGCACUCCACAUUUUUCAUUCUGAAAACUAUUUGCUCAAAAUUAGUUUCUUCCUGCUAUAUGGAAUUGGAUUUACUAAUAAUGGGGAAUUAAAUGAAAAUAAAAACAUGGAAUUUUGAAAA